AUGCCAAAAACGGAUGUUCUCAUAUCCGGUUCCGGUUCAGCUGGUGUCUUCGCAGCAACUUGGCUAGCAAUCUACAAUAUCCCAUUUACGAUUCUGGAGCGACGUCCUGGUCCACUAAAGAUCGGCCAAGCAGAUGGCGUACAGGUGCGCACAGUAGAGAUCUACGAGUCAUUUGGUCUAUCGGAAGAUCUGUUGCGAGAGGCAUACCAUAUCUUAGAGGUAUGCUUCUGGGGCGUGGACGAAGAUGGCAAUAGCAAUGAGCAAGGCGGUAUCAAGAGGAAGAGCAGAUCAAUCGAUACGGAGAAGGGCCUGAGUCAUUUGCCACAUGUGAUUCUGAAUCAAGCGCGCAUGAACGGACUGAUGCUGGGAAAGAUGGAGACCAUCUUGAAAGAGCAGGGAAGAUGGAAGGAAGGCACGAGCAACGGGAUCGAGUAUGGCUGGGCCGUUAAGAGUGUGGAAAUCGACGAGAAGAGAAAGAACGACCCAAACGCGCAUUGUGUCAAAGUGACCGCUGAGAAAGAUGGCAAAGAAGAUGUCUGGGAAGCAAAGUACGUCUUAGGCUGCGAUGGCGCACAUUCCACCAUCCGCAAAGCCCUCGACAUCCGCAUGCUCGGCGACUCUUCCGAUACCGUCUGGGGUGUCAUGGACAUCUACCCACUUACGACCUUCCCCGACAUCCGCCGCAAAUGCACCAUACACAGCACCGCUGGCAACCUGAUCAUCAUUCCCCGCGAGGGUGGUCAACUAGUCCGUUUCUACAUCCAGCUUCCCGCCGGCACGCAGCCCAAGACAGUGAAACUGGCCGACUUGCAAGACCAGACUCGCAGGAUCUUUGCGCCAUAUACCAUGGACUUUGCAGAUGUCUUCUGGUGGAGUGCAUACAGCAUCGGUCAGCGCCUCGCGGAAGUCUUCCAUGCGCAUAAUCGCGUCUUUUUGACGGGCGAUGCGUGUCAUACACACUCACCAAAAGCAGGUCAGGGAAUGAACGUAUCGCUUCAGGAUGGGUACAACAUCGGCUGGAAGCUUGGCUCCGUGCUGUCUGGUCUUUCGCCGCCUUCUCUGCUGUCGACAUACGUUACCGAACGCAGUAAGACGGCAGCUGACCUCAUUGCUUUUGACAAAGAGUUAGCAAAGAUGAUCAGCAGAAAAGAUCGAUACGAAGGCGAGUUUGCGGACUACUUCCGGAAGAGCGGGCGGUAUAUGGCGGGGUUCACGGCGAGGUACGAAGACACCGUUAUUACCAAGGGGAUGGAGAAGGAGAAGAGUGCGGCUACGGCGGUCACGUUGGCAAAAACACUCGAAGCAACCGCAAGCCGAUAUACACCUGCUGAAAAACACAUCGACAGCGUCAUCGAGACGCUCCUUGUGUUGAGCAGCAAAUUCCCGGAAACGGAGCAGGAAAGCAUACCCGACUACUUCUGGCCAAAGAGCGGGAAGUGGAAUAUACGCGAUCUUCACAAGACCUUCAUCGACGACGACCACUAUAAUUCCGGUCACGGACAUGCCUACGAGAAGUACGGUGUGAGCCCCGCCGUGGGCGCAGUCGUCAUCGUGAGACCUGAUCAAUAUGCAUCCAAAGUGACGAGCCUUGAUGACUUGGAUGGUGUUGCGGACUUCUUUGCGGGAUGUUUGAUCGAGCAGGCGUCCGCGCCGAAUGCGGGCGCAAGCGCGAAGUUGUGA